AUGUCGCACGCAUUCAAAUUCGGUUCAUUCGAUUAUUUCUGUGAACAUGCCGCAUUAGUCGUCUGCCCUUUAUUGGGUUCAUCUCAAGGUACAAUGCCUACUUGUUAUAGUAGAAAUGUACAAUUAGGUUCUCAAAUUAUAUUUCAACCGGCAACUUGUUUCGUUCAUAUCGCAGCAUUGGGAAUGACAGCUAUCAUGUUAUUUCACGUGAGAUCAAAAUACACAGCUGUUGGAAGGAAAGAAAUUGUCACUUUCUUCUAUAUGUAUAUGUUUGUUGAAUUAUUAGCCAUCUUCUUGGACUCAGCCAUCAUUCCCACUGCGCAUGCUGUAUAUCCUUGGUUCACAGCUGUUUAUGCAGGAUCAAUAGCAGCUUUAUAUUGGUGUAUCUUAGUCAACGGAUUUGUCGGUUUCCAAUUAUACGAAGAUGGAACUCCACUAUCUCUUUGGCUGCUUCGAUUAUCAUCAUUAGUAGUCUGGGGAAUAUGCUUCUUCAUCGCCAUAGCCACGUUCAAAGGAUACGCUUCAUUCAAAUACACAAAUCCAGUCGGAUUAUUCGUAACGUAUUUGGUAUUCCCCGCUGUAUGUGCAGUGGUUUAUUUCGUAUCUCAAUUUUUAUUGGUAGUCAGAACACUCGAUGAUCGAUGGGUCAUUGGUGAUCUUGUCUUCAUGGCUGGAUUCUUCGUUUGCGGUGUCGUCUUGUUGUUCGCUGUUAGCGUUACCAUCUGCGACAAAGUCAACCACUAUGUGGACGGCGUUUUCUUCUUCUCUGUCGCCAUGUUAUUGACAGUAAUGAUGAUUUACAAAUACUGGGAUUCGAUUACCAAAGAAGACCUCGAAUUCUCAGUCGGAUCCAAAGCUGCCGUUUGGGAAGUCAAGGAUCCUCUUAUGGCUGGUGGAAGCGAAUACUAUCCUGAAGAUGAUGCCCAGUCAUCUUACAGAGGUGCAGGAGGUUCACUCGUAGGGGGCAUGGGUGGCAACAACUAUUAUGGUAACUAUCCUGCUCAAAAUUACGGUCAACAACAAUAUAACCAAAGUGGAGGCGGAGGUGGUGGUUACAGUGGUGGAGUAGGUCAAUAUAAUGGAAAUCAGUAUCCCGCUGGGCAUUACUAG